AUGGCUGUACCCCCGCCAGAUAGCUCUUGCACCCCACCUGACACUCCCUUGAUCGAAGAAUCUCCAUUUAUCAACUCCAUGGAGGAUCUUGAUCCUCAGGCGACCCGGAAACGUCCGCGUCUCGACAGUGGAAGUCGCGUAAGCCCGACCUUGUCGUUGGGUGGAACCUCGCGUACUGCCUCCAUCGCACCUGCCUCAGAAAUGGAUGAGGCCCUGGAUUCUGAGAAUCCAGCUAACAAAGUCACCAUUAACACAAAAUCUCCUCUAACUACCAUGGCUUCCGACCUCCCUCCCUCCGACCCUGAGCUCUCAGGGAGCGAUCUGGAGCUCCUACCAGAUACCGAUCCAGCUCCCAUUCCUAUUUCGCUUUCCUCCUCACCAUCGUCACCCCGAAGUCCUGAAAUCGAAGUUGCUGAACCAGAAGACAUCAAUCAAGACCCGAAACUCUCCAACUGGAAGCCACUGGGCCAAGUGGUCCGGGAUCAGGAUGAACCCGAAGUGAUAGAGAUCCAAGACGUGGCUCCUCUUUCCGACUCAUUCCCCAAAGUACACACAGAGCUGACAGCCCGGGAGAAUUUCAAGGCGCUUGGUGAUAUGCUUGAACAUGGACAUCCACGGGAAGGCACGGCGCUUACUACAAUACAACAAUGGCUUCAUACUUGCGCGCAGAAUCUUGAUCGGCUCACAAUCGAUGAAUUUGCGUCAGAUCUAGAUUUCUGGGAAUGUUUACCCACCGUCCUCGAUCGUCUUUUGCGCAGACAACAAGACCUACAACUGGAUGGGAUUGAAGAUAUCUCAACCUUCUUCGAGCAAUAUCUUCUCGAUUAUGCUCGCAUUGUCCUUCAUUUUGUCCGCUUGGACACUCAACUUCUCAAUACCGUCGAGGACAAUGACAAAGAUAUUGAAAUGCCUCCAAGCACCUCUCGACGAUACCUUCAUAGCUUCCCUUGGAUGUUCCAUGGCGAGCAAAUUCCCCUUUUCCGGGUGUUAGACAAUCAAUCCCGCACUGGAGCUCUCAAUCUUUCUGCUCGACUGAAAGCUCAAGUCUUGGCACCUCCGUUGGAUGCACCUGGCGCACUCCUUCAAUAUGCUUCGCACUUGCUUUCAUUGAUCCCUAGGUGUCCACAGAUCGUCAUGAUGCUCUCAUGCCUUGUGGUUAACAUGCUCGCAUUUUUCGAAUGCAACACGGAGAGCAAUCAAAAUGGCCGUGACUCUCCUGUUGACCUGCCUAUGGAUUCAAGCAGCCUUCAGUCUUUUUACGAAACGGUCCGAGCAAUUGAUAAAAUAUACCAAUCAUUUGUUGCAAAGAAAUCGCAACUGGCCACCAGUGAAUUGAGCGACAACCUUCUGACCCCAAUCUUCCGCAGCUACCGUUUCCUUUGCUUAGGUUACUCGGAAUUUUUGCUCCAACUUGCCCAGGAAUUGUCGAUUCAAGUACCCGAGGACGCCGAUGCAGAGCAAGCCGCUUUGUGUGUCAUCUGGGCGUGGAAGUUCGGUUUCCUGAAGAAGCAAAUCAUGGAAGGUCGAAUGGAGCUUCGAGUCCACGGCGUGGAGACGAUGCAAUCAGAUCUGGUCAGUAUCUGGGGUCAAAAUGUAUCCCAGAACCGCGAGGGGUUCGAGCAGCCGUUCCUGAAAUACUUGGUUGAAUAUCUCCGAGAAAACAAGAUUCUUGAUUAUCUUGUGGGAAUUGAUUCACACCCGCAGUUGAUCAGCCGCAGCAGUAACAUCUUCGGAUUUCUCAUUGUGACGGAGAAAUAUACCGACCAUGACACGGAUGUUAUCUGGAAAACCGUCACCGAGAGCCAAGAUGAUCGCACUGUUAGUGAGGUCAUGUCCAUGCUCGCACGAACCUUUGCCAUGCAUCCGUCAAGAUCUAAAGCGUUGCUCUAUGUCUGCUCCAAAUUGCUUGAGUUCCCCUUGGAUCGCUUCGACAGUCGCAUAAUCGAUUUCUGUGAGCAGCUGGUGCCUCGUAUGCGCGAUCGGGACCACCGAAACAUGUCCGAUGAGGAGCAUGUCGAUUCUAUUCCACUAAAGCUAUGCAUCCGCCUAAUCCGUGAGAGCUCGGGGGCGAAGGAUCUGCCUCUGGAACAAAAGGAACUCAUGCAGGGAUUUGGAACCGAGCAGCUGGGACAGUUUAUCAAGGCUGGACUCAACGAAACCGAUAUGACCGAGACAUAUGAGCGCUGCAUCCAAGACAUUGGAGAGAUGAACGAAUGCACAGCGGGUAGUAUCCAAGUGUUGAAUGCACUGGUACCCCGUGAUGACGCACGAGAACUGUGGAAACUUGCGAACGAUUUCGACUUGACACGAUUGGUGAUAAUCGAACUGCACCAUCUCGUUGGUCAAGACCACGCUAAGCUCAAGGACCCGUCUUCCAAGCACGGCUUUUCCUCGCGGGUGGAAAUCCUGCGGCGUCUCAUUGACCUGGCACCAGAGACUAUCACGCCUGAGCUCGGGAACACACUCUGGAAUGAGAUUUUCAUGUCCGAGAACCUGGCUCCUGAAGAGCGUCAAAAUAUUUGGAAAAUGAUGGUUGACCUCACCAACCGUACCACCAAGGAGAACCGGUUCCUUGAAUUGUGCAUUCAUGAGUAUUUACCAAGUGUGCUUCCAAAGGACUACUCGUGCGAGGUAUUGUGGUUCGCUCAACAGUCGGUCCAUUACGAGAUUCGAAUCAAGUCACCCCCCGUUGUCGGGGAGGAUGAAGUCAUAGCAAUCCCUGGAAUGGAUCGAAUCUGGAACUUCAUACUGAGGGCGCCUCCACAAUCGAUCGAAGCCGAGGCCAUUAAGUUCGCCAUCGAUAGCUAUCUAGACCACGCUAUUGUGCGCAGAUCCCCUCGAUCGGCCAUCGACGCUACCCAUAUUGCUCUGGUCAAUCGCUGCGUGGACCAACUGAAGUCUGCCGCUGCCGCGUUGAAGCCAUCUUGCAAUGAAACAGCCAAUGACGAUGUCUCUAUGGACACGGACAAUUCAAAUGGCGACAUUGAAACAGAUGAACUCAUGUUCAGCAGGUCUCUACAUUUUCUUCGUCAAUUACUCCACGGAUUGCGAACACGGCCGCAGUACAGCUCUCCUCAUGGCUCUCCGCCUACCCUCCCGGAACGUCCUCUAAAAGGCGAGCCCAUUGAAUUCAGAUAUCAGUGUUUCAAUGGCGCUACCAUGUCCAAAAUCUGCUCAAAGCGUAUUGGUAGUCUCUCUACCGCUGCUGAACUUGUAGAAAUGCUGGUGCAGCUGAGUCGAUUCUCCAAGUUUACUGCUAUCCUCGGCGGACACAAGGUUGAGUUGCUGCAAGACCCAGACGCACUUGUGAAAAACUUGAAGCUCUCUUCGGGUUUACUCAUUCUUCGAAAGGCCCCUGAUGCGCAUGAAAUCACGUGGGCUGGGAGACGGCAGUCUCUGACAGCAGUGGACAACGAAGUGCUGAAGCACUUCGACGAGCUGUAUGAUCUUCUUGAUCUGAAGGAUGACUUGGCUCGACAGAUCAUUGACUUCCUGGUUGUCUUUCCGCCUCAAGUGCGGGCUCUCGAACUUGUUCGAUCGAACAGCAAUACCGAGAAAGACAUGUUCCCGUUGCAAAGACCUUUCAAGGCCUUGUACUCUCUUAAUACACUAUCAAUGUGUCUCCACGAGGAGGCUGCAGAGAUGUCUCCAGAUCAGGCUUUUGUGUCUCAUAGCAACCAAGUUUUGGUUGCGUUUCUGACGUCAGAUGAACUGUUCAGCUCUCUCUCUGGUAACUCAAUAACCAUCGUGCUCGCUACCAGAGCCAUUGAAUGUCUUCUGCUUGCGAUAUCCGUCUACCGCCCGACUGAUGACGAGUCUGUUCUUAUUGCCGAUCCAAUGUCUUUGGUCCGACACGUUCUUGACCUGCUUGAAAUUGGCCGCACCUGUCCCGCAGAUCCACCCGCUGUCGAGGGAUCAUUGCGCGACCUUGAUAUCUGGAACGCUGUUAAACAGCAUGUCCAGUUUGAUGGCUUGAUCCAAUCUUUACUCCUGGAAGAACAUCGAAAGCCAAUCCGGACUGAUAUUCUGGAACGCUUGAAGAUAAUCUGCGGCCCGCUGAAACCGUUCAAGUUAUCAGUGAGAAAGCCCGAUACGGAAUCCCCAACUGCGGAAAACCCCAACCGGGUUCACAUGCUUGCCACUCUUUGGUCGUCAUUUUUGCAAGUGAUCCCCAAGAGUGUCGACUAUGUUCCCCAGUCGGAAGAGUUCUUCAACGCUGCUCUAUGGAUGUUCCGUGCAGUCGCGCAGAAAUCACCUGGGGACUUGAUCUUCAACGACUAUCUUCGACAAUGGAGUGCAGUUAUGCUCACUCACCAGACAGAAGAGUUUGUUGGGCGUGAGCCAGCAGAUAAUUUGAUCAUCGGAUUUUCUGCAUUGUUAGAAUGGUGUCUGGAAUUGGCCAACGCCGCGGGUAUCACCUUGGACAGUUUGAACAUCGCCGAGGAAAUAUUUAAUCAGUACCUGUUCCCAGAUUUCUCUCCAGACACGGUGGACCAUGCAGUCCCUCAGAUUCCAAUCAUGCACAGCCACACUCGCUCAGGCCUAUACAAUGUCGUGACGUUGCUGUGCAAGCAGAGCGAUGAGACUUAUUGUCAAAUAUUGGAGCUUCUCAACACAAAUGUCCCACGAGACUCCCCUUAUCUGGACUAUGGCUAUAAUAGGCAGCUAAUGCUUCGGUCCCCGGAAGGCUAUGCGGGCCUCAAGAAUCUCUCGAACACAUGUUACCUCAACUCCCUCAUGACACAACUUUUCAUGAAUAUUGAGUUUCGAGACUUUAUCCUGAAUCUCCCCAUUGCUGAUCGAAUUUCCCAAAAGCUACUCUAUGAAACCCAGCGACUAUUUACAUGGAUGCAGGAGACUUGGAGCAAGAGCAUCGAACCUGCAGACUUUGUGAAAAGCAUUCUCACUUAUGACAACGAGGAGAUUGAUGUGACCGUCCAAAUGGACGUUGAUGAGUUCUACAAUCUUCUCUUUGAUCGCUGGGAGGCCCAGGUCCUCGAUACCGAAAUGAAGAAGAAGUUCCGGUCUUUCUAUGGAGGACAGCUUGUCCAGCAAAUCAAGUCAAUGGAAUGCGACCAUAUCUCGGAAAGACUUGAGCCAUUCUCUGCAAUUCAGUGCGAGAUCAAAGGGAAGGCGACUCUUGAAGACAGUUUGCGAGCCUAUGUGGCGGGCGAGGUGAUGCAGGGAGAUAACAAGUACUCUUGUACCUCGUGUGGACGGCAUGUAGAUGCUGUAAAGCGUGCUUGUCUGAAAGAUGUUCCUGACAAUUUGAUCUUCCAUUUGAAGCGUUUUGACUUCGACAUGGUGCACAUGCUGAGAAGCAAGAUUAAUGACGAGUUCCAAUUCCCUCACCACAUCGACAUGACUCCCUACACGGUGGAGCAUCUCUCUGAUCCGGAGCGGACCAUCGCGCCGGAUAUCUUUGAAUUGGUCGGCGUCCUUGUGCACACCGGAACAGCCGAAUCAGGUCACUAUUACUCAUAUACCCUCGAGCGCCCGUCAUCUGGCGGCGAAGCAAAUUGGGUCGAGUUCAACGACUCCGAUGUCGGCAAAUUUGAUCCUAGCACAAUCGCAGGUCAAUGUUUUGGUGGUCCAAGUGAGACCAUGCAGUACAUGAAUGGGGCCCCCAAGAACAAAGUGUGGAAUGCAUACAUGCUGUUCUAUCAACGCGUGUCCACGAUCGAAAAGUGCAAAGAAAUUUACAAGCCCACGAAGCCCGACAUCCCUAUACAUCUUCCAGUGUCAAUUUCAACCCAGAACUACAUUGCCAUGGACAACGAGAUGCUCAUUCGGAUUUACUGUCUUCUGGACCCGCAAUAUGCAUACUUCGUGGGUAGAUUGCUCCAGCGGUGGCCCGACAUGGCAACAGAAAACCCCAGCAAGAUUAUGGCGGAAUCAUGGGCGAUCAAUGUUGGAAUGGAUACCAUUGAGCAAUUGGUCACGCGUACCAAGUAUUUCCAAGGACACCAGGAGGUUUACAGCGAACUCGUCGACAUGAUCAGCAAAAGCCCCAAUGCGGCCCAAUCGGUCCUUGAGUGGGCCAUCAAUCGGCAGACCUCGAUGUAUAAUCUUCUGAUCAAGACGCAGAACCCAGAAAUCCGGAGCAAGGGAAUUUUGCUGGUCAAUAAUGCCCUAAAACAUCUCCACUUGAUGUCGAUAAGCGAGGAUCUCAAUGAAGAGGAGCGGAUGUCAUGGCGCGAGCGAUUCGAUGAAUCCAUCCAGCAACUUGUCCCCAUGUUGACAGGUCUCUGGACCGAAGUUCAAUCCGCUUCCCGAGUCUGGGAUGACUACUUUGGCUUCUUAUUGAAGCUUUGCAACUAUGGCCCGGAGAUCAUCCUGGUUUUACUCGACCAAGGUCAUUUCGCCGUCUGUAUGGAGAUUCUCUGGAUCGACGAGGAGGAUACGAAGAAAUUGCGGGGCCGGUAUCUCAAUUACGUGCGCCUCUUGAACAAAGGACGUCGAUUCAACCAUCUGAUUUUGCUCUCAUUGUGCUUGGUCUUUUUCAAGCACGUUGACCUUUCCCUCCCCCCAACUCCCAUUGGUGGACAACGACAGGUUUUGAAUGGGAAGUUCUCGGCCAGCACCAGGGAAAUUGAACUCAUCAACCCCGUCGAACCUGAUGGGGCCUUGACUAUCUUGCUGAAGCUUCUGAGGCAUGAGACUCUCUCCAGGAGCCAGACUACCCGCGCCAUCCUUGGAGUUCUGCUAGACGGAGAGCCUGGCGCAGGCUUACUGGAUUCGAUUCAGCUGACACUGGAGAAUGGCCUCAGGCUUGAACCAGCCAUCCAGUGCACACCAUUCCUGGAAGCAACCACAACGUUCUGCCAGCGAUGUCCAGACAAGGAGCGAGUCAUUCACAUGAUCGACUUCGUUGCCAAGGGAGUCGAAAGCAUUGACAACAGCGGCGGCCAGGAGCAUAUUGAUUUCUUCAUGCGUCUUUGCCGUGGUAAUAACCAGCGGCUGAACAUGGACUCUGCUAAAUUCACCGACCUUGUUCUUGACAAUAUCUCGGUCUGGGCGCCGACCUUGCUAAUCGAUAAGGACGAGACUGUUCGUCGCAACAUGCACAAUAUCCUCGACGAGAUGAUCUUCAACGAUAAGAUCGUGGAGGCCAGCACAGAGGACUCCGAACAAACUGGCGAAUGUAUCACACCAGAGCGACGGCGUAGCAUUGGUCGUCAGCUGCCGAAUGCAUGCAUCGAGCGGCUCAAGUCGGCAUUCCUGACCGAUCAGAUCAGUCAUAUUGACGCUAGAAUGCUUGAGAAUAUCACUCCGGUGAUCAACUAUUGUCUGGCUACUUUUUAUGACGACUCUGAGACGGACCAGCAAGAGAUUCAACAGGUCACUGAAAUCCUCUCACUCCUUAAAUCGAUGUCGCUCGAAGAACUCCCCGAUGACCCGCCUUCCGAAUCGGAUGUGGCCUCAGUCGAGGAAUGGGAUGCAAACUCUGCGAUCGCAACUGAUUCAGAAAUGGGAGUUGCUGGAUCUCCUUAG